CUUUCUCCUUUCCCAAACAAGGAUUCCUCCAUCGCGCGGAGGAAAGAAAAAACUACUCUGCAACACACGAUCAAAGAGUGACAAAGAGCAAAAAAGAUAAAAAAGAAACAAAAGAGAAAGUCCGCCCAACCAAAAAGAGCAAAAAGAAAAAACCGCUUCCCUAUCCUUUUUCCUUGUUACUGCUGAUGCUUCUUGUUUGGCGUUCUUCUUCCUUCUUUGUUGCGACUUUGUAUUAAAAAAAACAAAAAGGCCAACCAGCAGAUCAAGGUUUCUCACCACCAGGUUUUUCUUUUCUUUUUUUCCUUUUCUCUGGAAUUCGUACUUUAGUUCAUGUCAUCAUCAACUAUUACCGAUCCAUACAUUACCGAGACGUGGAUACACAUGCAACAUCAAGCACAUGGAUCACAACAGGCACGAAAAACCCACGACCUUGCCGACAAAUUUAACGCGGCCAGAAGAUCGAGUCGUCCUUCCAUCGAUACCGGCCGAUUCGCGAGAUCCACCGCUAGUAGUCGAUCGCGCUCAGGAAAGACUACCAAUCCGACCGCCACAGAAGACGAAGUAGGGAUGACCCGGGAUGGAAUCUUUGAAGCGUUUGCACAAGUCGAAAAGAAUCUCAGUAGUAACAGCACGAAGGAGGGUGCCGACGUUGUCAAAAAAUCCGCACCCGCAUCACGGAAAAUGUCGCUAGCCGAAAAUGACGCUCCUCCCAAACACGCUCCUACCAUUACCAUGCGGCGAAAAAGUCUAGGCACCAAUGCGUACGAUGCUGCCGCGAAAUCACAACCGUCCCAACGAAGAUCGCGUGCUGCCGUGGCCGACGGUCCCGAAUCGUCAUCGCCAAGAACCAUCACGGCUACCACUCGAGCGAGAGCAAAUACAUUAGCAUCCAUUCAGUUACGCCGCGGUAGUUUCACUACGGCGCAGACGGUUGCGGAUUCUCCUUCGGCUUCGCCACGCGUACGUGCCCUGAAAACCAAACCACCCAACGACGACAACUUGACGGGUCGAGCCGCUACACUUAAAGCAUCUUUAGCACGACGACGAGUGUCUUCGGGAGCCGUACUUGUAUCUGAGCAAUCCUCCAACCCGUCAUCGACGAUGCCAUCUGAACCUCUCCACUCGGGGAAGGAACCUUGCACCGACGCUACGGUUACUACCCAGCACCAGGACGAUGAUCUUGCCUGUGAGACGUCGGAUAAAGAUACCCGUGCCCGGCAAGGCUCCAUUGUCACCCAUACCAAAUCGAAUGUGCCACCAUCGAUCGUGUAUCCGCCAUCAGCAAAUGACGCGUCGUCACCAAGGCUUGCCGCCAAAUCCGCUCAUUCGUCUGUGAAAUCGACAUCUCGUGUGGAACCACCGGAAGGAGAGGGAGGAAGUGGAGGUGGAGGGUUUAUACGUCUUGCGGAUGCAUUACGUGAUUCUCUGGCUGUGGAACGCAAAUUAGCGAAAAAAGAGCUCGGUCUGUAUCCCGAGAAAACCUCAAAUGUCUCGCCACGCAUCAAACCCACCCUACUAAGCUCACCACCAUCCCCACCGGUUGCCACGGAGCAUUCUUCCAUCAAACCGCCACCGUCCUCAGUACGCUCCGCCAAAAUGACCGCCAUUCUCGACUCGCCACGACGAAAAUCGCUUCAUCAGAAUGGCUCAUCCGCGGAAUCGCCCAAACGGUCAUCCGUGGUUGAAGACACUCCACGUACGUUAAAACCUAAACCUACCGACACGAAAGCCGCUGUUCCUCGUACCCCUCGUCGGCGCACCUUGUCCAGUGGGGCUACACUCAAACCAGCCAUCGAGACCGUUCGAACGGAGCGACGAAAAUCGGCAGUAGUGGGUGCCCUUGCGAUUACACCCACCAAGCCAAGCUACAUGCGAUCCACCAUUGGCGAACAACGUCGUCAUUCCAAUCUGUGCUCACCGCCUUCCCCAUUGCGACAAACCGGUUCUCCCAAAUGGAGACACAGUCGUGACGAACCUACGGUGAGCAGCCCACUGGCCGCGGAACGUGACCGUGAAGAGAUACGGUCGCCUGGCAACAGCAAACGCCGCUCGGUUCUAUCCAACCACGGAAAAAGCAAAACCAACGCAUUGAGCCGAGCCAGCAGCUCCAGCAGUUCGACCUAUGGCGGUUUGGGAUCUAGCGAAGAAGACGCCAAACAAACUCAACAGCGACGACGACGUACCGUUAGUAAACCUUGUUUGGCCGAUUUCGGUCACAGUCCCAGCAAAACGCCCAAUGCAGAUUCCUCCGUUGCGCCCACUCGUUCAAGGAAAAAGUCCGUCACCAUGGUCGACGAGGAUGGCGGCUUCUAUAAUCUUGCGGGUCGCCGCAUGUCGCGUACCGAAUCCUUGAAAGAAGGCGUUCCCACUGCACCUUCUGUCAACGCCGCCAUUCUUGUCCGAAAAAAGAGUCUAGGUGGAGGCGAUCCAAUGAAUAUCAAACGCAUGUCAAAACCCAAACCCGUGGGAUCCGACGAAGCACAGACCAAGAAAUCCGUCACUGUACGAAAGCGAGGCAAGACGUUGCCUGGCAAUCUUGCCAAGCCGCCAGUGGUGAAAUCAUUGCAUCUGCCACCGAUGAAGGUUGAACCAAUUCGAUUGACGCUUCCAAAAUCAUCGACGGGUAAAGGUGUACCGAAAUCCCCCUCCACACGAUCCAUGGCAGUGGCACCAGCAGUGAAGAAGAAGUUCCUUUGACAAAGGCCAAACCGUCCACUACCAGAAACCAUCUGGCCAUUCCUACUGAACGCAGAGCGUCACUGAAAACUCCUCGCAUUACCCCGGCUUCCCCCAAGUGUGGGCCAAUCGCCCCCACUACCCUGUCGCCGCGGGCCGG